AUGCUUAAAGCCAAUGUGGGCGUGGUUUCAACCACUCUUUUGCUCCUCGCGUCCGUGACGGAUGUCGUCGCCCAGACAUGCGACCUCCCGUCUAACUACCGCUGGACGUCGACCGGCGCGCUGGCCACCCCCAAAUCCGGAUGGGCCUCGCUCAAGGACUUCACCACUGUCACUUAUAACGGCCAGCACCUCGUAUACGCCUCUACUCACGACCAAGGCUCGACAUGGGGCUCAAUGAACUUUGGCCUCUUUUCCGACUGGUCCCAGAUGGGCUCGGCGUCUCAAAAUGCAAUGACCCAAUCCGCCGUCGCGCCCACCAUCUUCUACUUCCGUCCCAAGAACAUCUGGGUCCUUGCCUACCAAUGGGGCCCGACCCAGUUCUCCUACAAGACGUCUAGUGACCCUUCCAUCGCGAACGGGUGGUCUGCGGCGCAGCCCAUGUUCUCCGGAACCAUUUCCGACUCCAGCACCGGCCCCAUCGACCAGACACUCAUCGGCGACAGCACCAACAUGUACCUCUUCUUCGCCGGCGACAAUGGCAAGAUCUACCGCUCUAGCAUGCCCAUAGGCAACUUUCCGGGCAACUUUGGCACUGCCUCGACGGUAGUCAUGAGCGACACGACCAACAACCUCUUCGAGGCCGUCCAAGUCUACACCGUCAAGGGCAAGAAGCAGUACCUCAUGAUUGUCGAGGCUAUCGGCGCCAACGGCCGCUACUUCCGUUCAUUCACGGCCAACAGCCUCGGCGGAGCGUGGACGGCACAGGCCGCGACCGAAAGCAACCCCUUUGCAGGCAAGGCCAACAGCGGUGCUACCUGGACCAACGAUAUCAGCCACGGUGACUUGAUUCGCAGCGAUCCCGACCAGACUAUGACUGUCGACCCAUGCAACCUUCAGCUGCUGUACCAGGGACGCGCCCCUGGUUCCAGUGGUGACUACGGACUACUGCCCUACCGUCCCGCAGUUCUCACGUUGCAACGCUAA